UGUCAAUCAGGCGGCGCGGGCAAGGCGAGGCGGGUCCCGGGAGCGGGCUCGCGCACAGCUUCAGCUUGUGGUGUUUCAGCGACUUAGGAGCUGAGCCGGAGCUGGAGCGCUGCACCGUUAGCCGUCACCGCCGCCACCCCGAGGGAAACUAAUGCAUGGGGCACGCCAACAUAUAGCCGACUAAGUGCACGGCACACCUCUGGCUUCCACCGGAGACUUCAGGGAGAAAUACAACAGAUGCAGAUUUCAUCCAGAUUUUGCUGUUUCUUCUGAAAUCCUUCGUAUUGAAGUUAAAAGGACACCACUGUGAGGUUCUGAUGCACUAAAGCAGCACGACAUAACUGGGUAACAGAAAGAAGCUGCUUUCUCCAGAGCUGUGGGAGGUUCCUGUUAUCUUUCUAUCCACUGACCCAUUUCACUGAAGUGCAGCAACCAAAGAAGUUUUACCCAUUCUGUCACCGCUAUUGCUGUGACCAGCUUCGGGUUGCUGGGAUGGGUAAUCUGCUUAAGGUCCUAUCCAGGGAGAUUGAAAACUAUCCACAUUUCUUCCUGGAUUUUGAAAAUGCACAGCCCACGGAUGGAGAGAGAGAGAUUUGGAACCAAGUGAAUGCAGUGCUGCAGGAUUCUGAGAGCAUUCUAACCGAGCUACAGGCUUAUAAAGGGGCUGGGCAAGAAAUAAGAGAUGCAAUUCAAAACUCAGGUGAUGAUCAGCUGCAGGACAGAGCGUGGAAUUCAGUAUGUCCACUGGUUGGGAGACUUAAGAGGUUCUACGAAUUCUCCAUAAGAUUGGAAAAAGCAUUACAAAGCCUUUUGGAGACUUUGACAUUUCCACCCUACACACCAACUCAGCAUCUGGAAAGGGAGCAGGCUCUAGCCAAACAAUUUGCAGAGAUUCUACAUUUUACUCUCCGCUUUGAUGAACUCAAGAUGAAAAAUCCAGCCAUCCAGAAUGACUUUAGUUACUACAGACGGACAAUUAGUCGUAACAGAAUUAACAAUAUGCAUUUCGAUUCUGAGAAUGAAGUAAACAAUGAAAUGGCCAACAGAAUGUCUUUAUUUUAUGCGGAAGCAACCCCAAUGCUAAAAACACUAAGUGAUGCCACAACCAAGUUUGUAUCAGAGAACAAGACUCUGCCCAUUGAAAAUACAACUGACUGUUUAAGCACUAUGGCGAGCAUAUGCAAAGUCAUGCUCGAAACACCGGAGUACAAGUGCCGAUUCACUAAUGAUGAAACUCUGCUGUUCUGUAUGAGAGUUAUGGUGGGCGUCAUCAUACUUUACGAUCACGUGCAUCCUGUGGGAGCGUUUGCAAAGACAUCAAAAAUUGAUAUGAAAGGAUGUAUAAAGGUUUUGAAAGAUCAGCCACCAAACAAUGUGGAAGGUCUUCUGAAUGCACUCAGGUACACCACAAGACACCUGAAUGACGAGUCGGCAUCUAAACAGAUUCGAACCAUGCUUCAGGUUCAGUAACUCCUUGGGCAAGAGGAUCCCUGUCCUGACCUCAGAAGAUGUACAUGUUUACAUAAUUUAAUACAAGUUGGUGUUAAUACUUAUUUGUCUUAUUUACCAUAACCAUUCCCUCAUCAUUUAACGUAUGAAAAAAAGACCUUUAUAAUAGAACUGAUGAAUGGCUUUUUUAUUUUUACAUAGCAUAUGAAGCAUACCUGCAGCCUUAUAUUUGAUGUUGCAAAGUGCAGUUUGUUUUUUGCCAGAAUUGAUAUACAAUGCUGUAUUGCUCCAGUAAGAAUCUAUAUAAAACUGUAAGUCCUGGUACAUCUGCAAAUGUCAUUGUAAAUUUGCUAGCAUCUUGGUGUCUUUGCAUUCAGGGAAGCAAUUCUUAUUGUAAAACAAACCCCACUCACAAGUUGGCAGAUUUCUUGAAUUGUCUUUCACUUCCAAUCGGCUGUAGUUUGAAGGAAUCGUUGAAAUUUGGUCAUCGUCAAAUGCACCUUUCAUGUUGGGAAGAUUCUUUGGGGCUUUGAGGUAACAACUCUCUCUCAAUGCCCGAUAGCAUAGAAUUUAAGAAUUACAUUUACACCUUAGAUUAUCUAUACUUUUUUUUAAAUCUCAGAACAGUAAGGCCAUAAUAUUAAAAUGCUAUAACAUUUUAACUACAUCACUUUUGAGCUUGCCAUCAGAAAUCAGACCUUUAAAGUAGAAUAGAUUCUUUUAUUUUCAGAACUGCACAAGGAAUUAAUGAAAUUGUAAGUCUGGUGAAGACUUAAUGGGCAUUAUACGUGUUAAAUUGUGCAUUCCCCAUUAUGUGCACUUUCAGGUAAAAGAAAGGUUAAUGCAAAACGCAUACAAAAAAAUAAAUUUAUUUAAUAAGCACCCAACAACCACGUCACAAAGUUAUGCACUCAUGGAUGAAUGUAAUUUCAGUUUUUUGCCAAAUAUGAACUACACACUGAUAAAUACAGCACACUAGUAAACACCAGGCACUGAUCAAUCAAUCAUCUGACCAAGUUUUGCUCUAUAAAAUAGUAUUACAUUGCAAAAUAUUUAACUUUAAUGGUUGAAGGAUUUAAUAAAAAAUUCUGGAAUAAACAGUAACAUCUCCUGAAUAGCAGCUAAUGAAGGAAGGAUCAAAAUAUAGGGAAGGAAGAACAAAUAUCUUUAAUUAUAAUGAUAUAGGUCUUUCGAACAAAGGUCUAUUUCUUUAAUUCCUUCACAGAUACAAGCCUAUAUUUCUAUUUCAAUGUAUUUUUUUAUACAAGCAAUAAAAGUUCACGUGUUGCAUUCUAUGAAUGAAGUGCACAUACAAAAAUGCAAUUAAAAAAAAAGAACUGUAACAAAGUUUAUCAUACCUCUGCCCCACAAAUACAGGAUAUGUCACAACAAUCCAUCUGGUAGUAAUUGUUUCCAUUAAUAAGUCCGAGUAGAUAAGUCAUAGUUAAUGAAGUCAAGAAUGGUCAGCAUUAAGUGUGAAGAUGCCAAUUCUGAUACAUGUGUGCCAAUGUUUUUUUUUCUAUUUAUACCACAGGUAUACCAUUUUUUUUAAAGUAUAUCUAUACUUAUUUGGAUUUAAAUGAUGGUGAGGAUUUCUAAGGCUGCCUAUUUGGUCACUUAAACUGGCUCCCAUUUCUUAAAGGUGGCAAGUUAUCAAAAUGAGCUGCUAAAAACAGUUGGGGGCUUCUACAAAUACCCCACUGCAAGCAUAUAUUGUGUGCUUGAUAUAGACAAUGUCUUAUUCAAACUCAUUGAUCCCUCGUCCUUCUGAAUAUGUCUUUAAAGCAUAGGCCAAGUUCACAGAUCUGAUUUUUUGUUAAUUGAGAAAUGAGGACUUGAAUAUUCAAGUUCUAAUAUUGUGAAAAAUAGCAUUUGCAUUUGAAACCUUUCCAUUACAAAUAGGGUAACUUUCAAAGUGUAUAUUUUGUUGGAUUUAGUUUAGAAUUGUGACUUUAAAGGUGUAUAUUUCUUUAAAAACACAAGUAUAGUACUGAAUUGCAAAUCUAUGAAAUGUUUACUUAUCUCCCUGCCCAUAAAGACUUAUUGUUGAGAGUAUAAUGGCAUAGUGUUUACUCAACCAACAUUGGUAGAUUAGUGAUUCCAGUCCUUACAGUUAGUGUUUGCCACCUGUGUAAGAAUUAUAUGAAUACUCUGGUACAAGUAAACACUUGUAUAAAUAGCUGACAGAAUUUAAUGACAAAAUGGCCAAAUUUUGCUUUGGUUUAACACUUUAAACUAGUUUGAGCUGUUAAUCUGCUACUGCAGAAAACAAUGUCAAAAAGGCUAAGGAUAUUGUGUCAUAGAAGUACAUUGAUGAAGGUUUUAUCGUGAAGUCGUAUUUAUGCGAGUCCCUUUUUAGGCAUACCUAUGUUUUACCUGUAAGCUGGUAUAGUUCCAAUUCCAGUAGUAGCCAAAUAAGAUUAAUACAAACUUUAGUGGUCCAGCCAUUCAUAAAAUUGCACAGUUAGAAAUUCAGCAUCCAUUGUGCGUUUACGAUCAGUGCGUUAUAGCAUUAAAUUUGUUCCUGAGGAGUUUUUGUGCAAAUCCCUUAAUGAUAUGUUGAAUGCACCGAAAAAA